AUGGAUCAGCAUGAAGUGAUGCAAAUCAAAGUAGAAAAUGAGGAAUUCAGUCCACUGGAGGAACUUAUAGACGUUAAGAAAGAGGAAAACGAAGAAGAAUUUGAUGAAGAAAAUGAAAUUGUCAAAGUAAUAAAAGAACCAGGUGAGGACUUUGGACAAGAGAGUCAUAAAUAUGAUGGAAAACAACAGGCAAAAGACGCAAACCGUCACCAGUGUCUCUUCUGUGGACACUUUUUCUUGAAUGCGUCUGAUUUAAAAAAUCAUGAGAAAAUCCACACGGGAGAAAAACUCUAUCAGUGCAGCCAGUGUGGGAAGAAAUUUACACAAGCAGGAACAUUAAAAACACACCACAAAAAUCACAGUGAACAAAAAUCUUAUCAGUGCUUUUGUUGUGGGAAAAGCUUUCGGUAUUCAAAAAGUCUGAAGAUCCAUCAGAUGGUUCAUACAGGAGAAAAACUGUAUCAGUGUUCUCAGUGUGGCAGGAGCUUUAGACACCCGACAACCUUAAAGAAACACAGAAGAAUUCAUACUGGAGAGAAACCGUAUGAGUGUUCUGAGUGUGGAAAGAGGUUCACACAAGCCGUCAACUUAAAAACCCACCAGAGGAUUCACACUGGAGAAAGACCUUAUCAGUGUUCGUCCUGCGGCAUGAGCUUUAUCCACUCAGUAGCGUUAUCGACCCACCUUACGAUUCAUACAGGAGAAAAACCUUAUCAGUGCUCCCACUGUGGGAAAACCUUCACGCAAGUAGGAACGCUCAACGUUCACCAGAGAAUCCAUACAGGAGAAAAACCCUACCCUUGUUCCUACUGUGGGAAGAGUUUCAACCGAGCAGGAAAUCUGAAAAUCCACCAGAGAAUCCAUACUGGAGAAAGACCUUACCAGUGUUCCCAGUGUGGGAAGAACUUUAUCCAUGCUUCCUACCUGAAGGAACAUCACAGAAUGCACACUGGAGAAAAGCCCUACCAGUGCUCCCACUGUGGGAAGAGUUUUACUCAUGCUGGAUAUUUCAAAGAGCACAAGAGGACGCACACCGGAGAAAAGCCCUUCAGCUGCUCGCAGUGUGGGAAGAGAUUCUCACGGAGAAGUGAGUUCCAGAAACAUCAGGUCAUUCACAGUGAGGAGAAACCGUAUCGUUGCUCACAGUGCGGCAAGAGCUACAAACAAGCCGUCAGUUUAACAACACAUGAGAGGGUUCACACCGGAGAGAAACCUUAUCAUUGCACCCAGUGUGGAAAAAACUUCUCACGACUCAGCUUUUUAAAAAUACACCAGCGGAAUCACACUGGAGAAAAACCUUACCACUGCACGCACUGCCAGAAGAGUUUCACACAAGCAGGAACCCUGCAGAAACACCAGAGGACUCAUACUGGAGAGAAACCAUACUUCUGCUCUCAGUGUGAGAAGAGUUUCAGCCAGUUAGGAAACCUGAAGAAACACCAGAGGAUUCAUACGGGAGAGAAACCUUAUCACUGCCAACAGUGUGGAAAACGUUUUUCACAAGCGCACUCGUUACAUUUCCACCAGAAGGUUCAUGUGAACACUGAGAUGUGUUCUUAA